AGAUGUGUUAUAAGAGACGUCACUGGCUUGAACGGGAAGGUCAAUAGUAGUGGAGCGAGCACCCGUUUUUCGCUUUGGGUUUCCGGCGCGUGCGCUUGGCGGUCUAGGCGCCGCGGAUCGUAGCCCGAUUCUAACCUCUGAUGCCCGUGUUUUAGCUCGGCCCCAGCGCCCACAUGCUGUGCCGGCUUGGCGGUAGGUGGCUGCGGCCGCUGCCUGCACUGCAGUUAGGAGUCCGGGUCCCGCCUCUUGCGCCAACCUCGACGGGCGGCAUUAAGCACUCUGCUCUGCCCGCUUGGGCGGUGGCGUCAGUGUCUGCAGUGGGCUCCGGCGGCCCUGGCAGCUGGUACGAGGCCCUGGCCACGUCGGCGCCGGUGCAGGGCGCGGAGGAGGUGCUACUCGGCGUGCACACCGCCACGGGUCUGCCCUGGUGGGCCUGCAUCGGCCUCACCACCGUGGCUUUGCGCGGCGCCGUCACUCUACCCCUGGCCGCCUACCAGCACUACAUCCUGGCCAAGGUGGAAAAUUUGCAGCCAGAAAUAAAAAACAUUGCAAGGCAUCUCAACCAAGAAAUUGCAAUUCGUGCAAAUCAGUUGAAAUGGUCCAAAAGAGCUGCAAGACUCACUUAUCUAAAGAAUAUGCGGAGGCUUGUUUCAGAGCUGUAUGUUCGGGACAACUGCCACCCUUUCAAAGCCACUGUGUUGGUCUGGAUUCAGUUUCCAAUGUGGAUCUUCAUGUCCAUUGCCCUCCGGAAUUUUAGCACAGGAGCAACACAUUCAGAAGCAGGUUUUUCUGUUCAGGAACAGUUGGCUAAUGAUGGGAUCCUGUGGUUUCGUGACCUCACUGCACUGGAUUCCACUUGGAUUCUGCCUAUCUCUGUUGGUGUCAUCAAUUUACUAAUAGUGGAGAUUUUUGCUCUGCAAAAAACUGGAAUGUCUCGUUUUCAGACGUAUAUUACGUACUUCGUUCGUGCAGUAUCAGUGUUGAUGAUUCCAGUUGCUGCGACAGUAUCUUCAGUGAUCCAUUGUCCUCUACUGGUUGUGCUCCAGCUUCAUGGGCCUUUCACAGAACUUGCUGCUGCGUUCUCCUAGGUUUCGCCGACUUUGCCGAAUACCAUUGACCAAGUCAGAUUCAGACACUCCUUAUAAGGACCUCUUUGCUGCCUUUUACGCCAAGUUCAUUUCAAGAACAUGAUAGGCUUUCCAUGUUGUAAUUUUGAAACAAUUGGAAGUAUAACUAUCAUACUACAUUUAAGUUUAGAAAUUCAGAUGUGAUUUAAUUUGUCUUUAUUUAAAAUCAGGAAUUGCGUGAAGUACUGUGGGUUAAGAUAUAAUACAAAAGUAGAAUCAAAGUGUCUGGUUCUGCUUAUAAAAUUACAACUUGCUAGAGGUGCCAAAACUUUGGAAAACAGGAUUAGAUACUGAAUGAUGUUAAAUUACACUGACCAAUCUCAUACAUUAAAGUUUUUUAAAGUAAGAGAAUCCAGUGAGGUGAUUCUUAAAAUUUUGGUGGUGUGGAGGAUCAUAGACCCGUUUGCACAUCUGCUAAAGCUAUGGUUUUCUUUUCAGAGAAAUCCUGGAACUCACAAUAUGGGGGCCUUCAUUGACAACCCCUCUGUCAUACACCAAGGCUCUCUGGUGAUUUCCUGGUUGAGAACUCUUAUUCUCAUGGAACGUACAAUGAUGAGUUAAUGUGUGACUUUUAAAAAAUGGACUUAAGAUACAUGCAGUAGAGUAGUCCAUACAAGAAAGUACCUAAUAUGGUAGGUGAUCUUGCCUUACGACCUGCUCUGAAAGAAUACGAAACGGGUACAUUCCUUUUUCUAUAAUUUAAGACGUCUGGAAUAGAGUACAGCACUAAGUAUUGCUAGAGCCCAGAGUGGAAAGUCUUAAGCAUUAAGUUUAUUUAGUCAAAGGAAGAAAACUGGAAUGGUGGCUACCUAUUGUGGAUGUGAUUUUAUAAACUUUUUUAUUUGGAAGAUUAAGUACUCUAAUGGGUUUAUUAUGGUAGACAUAUAGGUGAAAUUAACAGGUAAUAUAAAUGGUAGAUCCAGUUGUUUGAUUUGAAAAGAUGAUAAAACUAAUUGUGGAAUAAUUUGACAGUUACUUAAGAAGGUGAUAAAUUGUAAGUUUUCAUUAAGUUGGAAUGCGAAUACAAUCCAAGAUGCCCUGCCAUCCCAGCUCAUGUUUUACAAUAAAGUAAAAACUAAAGCAAAAUCAAUUCUUUCUUAAAUAAUGUCUAUUACGUCUUAGCCAUUUUGGUUGCCACCUAAUUGAGAAUUUAGAGGUAGCAUUUAGGAUCUGGUUUUCUUUUCGUGACUUCCCAGUCCUGGGUUGUGACUGCCCUAUUGAUGGAACUGUCUUUCUAAUCAUAGUGAAGGAAUUGAAACAUAUGUACAGUCAGUCCUCAUUAUUCACAGAUUUUGUAUUUGCCAGUUUGCCUACUCGCUAAAAUUUAUUUGUGACUCUCAAAUCAGUACAAUGCUUUUGAUGCCACAGAGUGGCAAAAAAAUUGAGUCAUUCGAGGUACAUGUUCCCAGCUAGGUCAAAUAAGGCAACACUGUGCCUUCUUGUUUCAGCUUUCAUACUAUAUAACCAAGUGUCCUUUACUUGGUCUAUUUAGUGCCAUGUUUUUUCUCAUUUUUGUGCUUUUUGUUGGUGAUUUCGCUAUUUAAAAUGGCCUCCAAGUGUUGUCAUACUGAAGUGCUGUCUAGGGGCGCCUGGGUGGCUCAGUCGGUUAAGCGUCU